AUGCCGGCAGAGCACGGAAAGCUUGUCGAUGAAGACGUCAUGGCACCUCUUCCACCUACUUCUGAAGAGAUGAAGAGAUUCGAAUUAGAUGUCGAACGUACCUACGAGAGCUGGGGCAAAUCGAAGGGCAGGAGGGCUUACUGCUUUCCCGCAAAGGUCAGUAAUGAUCACGGUAUACGCGUUGACGAGUUCAUGGGCGCAUUGCAGAACUCUUUGCCUGCUAUUCGGGAUACAUGGCUCAUGAACGCUGACCGGCUCGUUGAGGAGAUACAACAAGCGCACUGGAUUGAUGACAUCUGGACUAUACCUGGUGCGCCCACAAUCCGUGUCUACUUGGACAACGUCGAUAUGUUAGAUGAACGUAAUGUCAUCAACCUGGUUCCAUCCUCAGACGAGUUCCUGGCGUAUCACCACGCGAGAGCCAGGGUUCUCGGUUUGUCAAGCCACAUCACACGCGCUGCUCAAAUGGACGCAGAGCCCUUUCGGAGAUCAAGAGAGAAGGCAUGGAUAUCAGAAGAUCUUAUUGAGCCUGCUGAAAGCACUACCGGUCGGCAUCCCAUCAACUGGCAUCGGUGA